GUCGGGGCGGGGGGAGUUUCUGUCCGCUUGCUUUGGAUUUCGACUCGAGGCAUUGAGGCAAAGCUGAAGAGGCAGCGGGAUGAAACAUGGCGGGGAGCUUGUCAGUGACGGACACAUCCAGACUAAUUGCAGAUUGUAAUCCCAGAGGUGUGGCUGUGUUACAGAGAGGCAAAUUUGACUUGAAAAAUCGCUAUUUACAAACCACUGGGUGAAUAUUCUAAAUCAUCAAGAACAUUUUCCUGCAAAGUGAGAAUCAAGUUCUGAAGCAGGAUUCUUCAAAAAUAAAGAUCCACAGGUGUUUAGAGUUGAUCACAGUUAUUGAGAGAUUGGAACUUCACUUUAAAAUGGCUAUUUCUGAAGUGUACAUAUAAAUGAACAAAUCCUGUACUUGAAUGUUGCAACUUGGGAGCACUGUACAGAAGAUGGCUUAUGUUAGCCCAAAAGAAAUUGCACUGAUCGUUGGAGUGGUGACAGCUUGCUACUGGAACAGUCUGUUUUGUGGUUUUGUUUUUGAUGAUGUUUCAGCCAUUUUGGACAACAAAGAUUUACAUCCUUCUACGCCUUUAAAAAACCUCUUUCUCAAUGACUUCUGGGGAACGCCUAUGUCUGAGGAGAGGAGUCAUAAAUCGUAUCGGCCACUCACUGUCCUCACCUUUCGUUUGAAUUACCUGUUCAGUGAAUUAAAUGCUGUUUCUUAUCAUCUCCUGAACAUCAUCUUCCACACAGUUGUUUGUAUAGUCUUCCUCAAGGUCUGUAAGCUUUUCUUGGACAGCAGAAGCAGUGUGGUUGCAUCCCUAUUGUUUGCAGUACAUCCAAUACAUACUGAAGCUGUAACUGGAGUAGUGGGCAGAGCAGAGCUUCUCUCAUCUAUUUUUUUCCUCACUGCAUUUUUGUCAUAUACCAGAUCAAAAGGACCAGAAAACACUAUCGUUUGGACUCCCAUUGCACUGACUGUGUUUUUGGUGGCAGUUGCUACAUUAUGCAAGGAACAAGGAAUAACAGUGGUGGGAAUAUGUUGUGUCUAUGAAGUAUUUAUGGCUCAAGGGUACACCUUGCCUAUUCUGUGGGAUACAGUAUUACAGAUUCUCCAAGGCAAAGGCAGUAUUCCUUACUGCAUGCUUCAAAUGCUGUUGAAACUAAUUGUUCUGAUGUUCAGUACACUACUGCUUGUUGUGAUCAGAGUCCAGGUUAUACAGUCCCAAUUGCCAGUGUUUACAAGGUUUGAUAACCCAGCCGCCGUAAGCCCUGCUCCUGCAAGGCAGCUCACUUUCAACUACCUCCUUCCUGUAAAUGCUUGGUUGCUUCUAAAUCCUUCAGAGUUGUGUUGUGAUUGGACAAUGGGCACGAUACCACUGGUAGAGACUCUUCUAGAUGUAAGGAACAUUUCUACAAUCACCUUCUUCUGUUUUUUGGGAUCUUUGCUCGUUUUCAGUCUGCGGUAUCCUGGGGAUUCUUCUAAGACUGUACUAAUGGCACUUUGUUUAAUAGUGUUGCCAUUCAUCCCAGCAUCAAAUCUUUUUUUUCCUGUUGGCUUCGUAGUAGCAGAGCGAGUGUUAUAUGUUCCCAGCAUGGGAUUCUGCAUGCUAGUAGCCCAUGGGUGGAGAAAGCUGUCAAGCAACAGCAUGCUAAGAAAACUAUCCUGGGUUUUUCUGUCUCUGGUGCUGUUCAUUCAUGUUUUAAAAACACUGCAGAGGAACUGGGAUUGGGAAUCUGAGUAUACCUUGUUCAUGUCAGCCUUAAAGGUGAAUAAGAACAAUGCCAAACUUUGGAACAAUGUCGGUCAUGCUUUAGAAAAUGAGAAGAACUUUGAACAAGCAUUGAGAUUCUUCAUACAAGCCACCCAAGUUCAGCCAGAUGAUAUUGGUGCUCACAUGAACGUAGGAAGAACUUACAAAAAUUUAAACAGAACCAAAGAAGCUGAAGAAUCCUAUUUGGUUGCAAAAUCACUGAUGCCACAGAUUAUUCCAGGUAAAAAAUAUGCUGCACGAGUUGCUCCUAAUCAUCUGAAUGUUUACAUAAAUCUUGCAAACUUGAUUCGAGCAAAUGAGUCUCGCCUGGAAGAAGCAGACCAGUUGUAUCGCCAAGCAAUUAGCAUGAGGCCAGAUUUCAAACAGGCAUAUAUAAGCAGGGGUGAAUUGCUUCUAAAAAUGAACAAACCGAUGCAAGCGAAGGAAGCUUACCUUCGAGCCCUUGAGCUGGAUAGGAGCAAUGCAGAUCUGUGGUAUAACCUGGCAAUUGUUUACAUUGAACUGAAAGAUCCAACAGAAGCUCUGAACAACUUCAACAGGGCAUUAGAACUCAAUCCCAAUCAUAAAUUGGCAUUGUUCAACUCUGCGCUGCUGAUGCAAGAAUCUGGUGAUGCUCAACUUAGGCCUGAAGCCAGGAAACGGCUUUUAAAUUAUGUAAAAGAAGAACCUCAGGAUGCGAAUGGCUAUUUUAAUUUGGGUAUGUUGGCAAUGGAUGACAAAAAAGACACUGAAGCGGAGACCUGGAUGAAAAAAGCCAUAAAGCUACAGGCUGGCUUCCGAAGUGCAUUAUUCAAUUUGGCACUACUGUAUUCUCAGACUUCAAAGGAGCUGAAGGCCCUGCCAGUCCUGGAAGAGCUGCUGAGAUACUACCCUGAUCAUGCCAAAGGUUUGAUUUUGAAGGGAGAUAUUUUGAUGAAUCAGAAGAAGGAUAUCAGAGGAGCUAAAGAGUGCUUUGAGAAAAUUCUGAGAAUGGACCCCAACAAUGUACAAGGGAAACACAAUCUUUGUGUAGUUUAUUUUGAGGAACGAGACUUAUUAAAAGCAGAGAAAUGUUUGGUAGAGACACUGGCCUUAGCCCCGCAUGAGGAAUAUAUACAGCGUCAUUUAAGCAUCGUCCGGAGCAAAAUUGCAUUGCUUAGUACAGGUGAAGCCUCUGUGAUUCCCACAGACAAAGUUGCAGUUUCAGAAGGGAGACAGGCCACUUUUACAAACUUGAAAGAGAUAAAAAAUGAGCAGAAAGCAACUCGGACCCCAGACAGUAGUAAUAAAAAUAAAGGGCCAGGAAAAGCCAAGAAGCUUGAAGAGAAAAACAAUACAGACAAAGAGACAAAAAAGAAAUCUACAAAAGAAAUAAAAGACAUAGAGAAAAAAAGGGUUGCUGCUUUGAAAAGACUUGAGGAGAUUGAACGUAUAUUAAAUGGGGAAUAAGUUCUUGGGUCACCUUAAUGCUGAAAGGUGAUACUGUGUCAAAAUGACCACUAGGUCCCUAAGAAUGUGGAAAGAGCAAGAGCAUAUCAUUACUCUUUUUAAAAAGCAGGAAAAGGGUUUUUCUGCUACAUAAGGAAGAUAAUCUGUUAUGAAAAUCAUGGAUUUAAAUAAAGAGUUUCUGGGUAAGGAAGUGAGCAAUACCUGGGUCAGGAGUUUUCUGCUGGUGAAAAUGGUAAUUUUCAUACUAAACACUGCUGUAUUAACUUAUUAACCCAGAAGCAAGACCCACUGAACUCAGCAACACUGGCUUCAAAGUAAAAAGCAUUUGAGGCUGGCCUAGCCUUCUAGUGUUUGGUUACAUUCCUGGAGAGAUAAGACAUAUUUAAAAGGAAUCUCAUAUAUGGUGGGGUUUAGACUGAUUUUUCAAGGGGAGUCUUUCUGGUGGAAGUGCUUUUAAGAGUGCAGCUUCAGUUUGAAUAAUUCUUUUUAUUUCAGUUUACAUAUAAAAUCACUGGUGGCUUUUUUUAGUGAUAUAUUUAUUCAUCACACUCAUCUUUUCUCCUUAUCAGUAUUCAUGUUUCAGAACAUGUCAAAGAUUUAGUAGUAAAUAUCAAUCAUGUUACUUAUGCGCAUUCACACAUUUCAUAGUUUUUUCAGUCUAUAUAGAUCACACUGACAUUCAGUGGGUCCCUACAUUGUACGGGGGCGGGGCGGAUAGAUAUAUAUAAAACACUCCCAUGCUUACUGAAAUUCCUUAGUGAUUGCUUAAGGUCCGGUGGUGUUGUUUUAUAUAGCAACUGUGUGUGCUUGUAUGUAUAUCAAUUAUCAGUCAGCCUGCUAAAAGGAAUCGCUGGAUAUGAAACCGCCAGGUUUAUUUCUUUCCCAUUAUGUGUGGAAAUUUGGGGCUUAAAAAAAAACUUAUAAAUGGACUCUCUGAUUUAGUAUAUUUAAUGGAAGAAAACCUGACAUUCUUUUACGAUCACUGUAAUGGUGCUUUUAGUUUUGGACGCUUUCAUGUAAAUGUGACACAACUGACUGUCUGAAGUUAAUCACAUUUCUAUCAUUGGUAAUUUUAUUUUAUUUUUAACUGAGGGUUGCUUCACACAAUUCUUAAGUUUUUGAAGUCUCUCUAAAAUAUUUAUUCUUACUGCAUUUCCAGAUUGUUUUCACUGACAUCUUUCCCAGAAUGAUUUAAGUCAUAUGUGAGAUAUGGGUUGAUGAAUUGUUCAUUUUUACAUCUGUGGUUAUGUAUUUUUUUCCCUUUAAAUAUAUUUCUGGAUUGCCUAAAA